AUGUCCUGCUUUCAACGCACAGCUGCACAGAUUAGGCUGGUGUCUGGGAGCACUGCCUGCUCAGGUAGAGUGGAGGUGUACCACAGUGGCCAGUGGGGCACUGUGUGUAAUGACAACUGGGGCAUGAAUGAUGCUGAGGUGUUGUGUAGGCAGCUGGGAUGUGGAGAGGCUGAGUCUGCCCCGAUGGAGACCUACUGUGGCAGUGGGAAGAUCUGGAUGGAUGGUGUUCAUUGCUCAGGCCCUGAGAGUUCACUUGAGGAGUGCCUCCAUAAUGGAUUUGGAACACAUCGUUGUAACCAUGGUGAUGAUGCUGGUGUUGUGUGUUCAGGAAAUGUCCCUGUGAGGGUGGUUGGUGGCACCAAUAACUGCUCAGGUAGAGUGGAGGCCUACCACAAUGGCCAAUGGGGCACUGUGUGUGGAGACAGCUGGGACAUUAACAAUGGUAAAGUGGUGUGCAGACAGCUGGGAUGUGGAAACGCUGUUUCUGCUUCCCACGAAGGCCACUUUGACAAUGGCAGUGGAGUAAUUUGGCUGAAUCAUAUCCACUGCUUGGGCGAUGAAAGAUUCCUAGCAGAGUGUCCCCGUGUUGACGAUGGCAACUGUAGCCAUGAAGAUGCUAGCGUGGUCUGUUCAGGGCCUGCCCCUGUCAGGCUAGUUGGUGAAAGUCAAGAUUGCUCAGGUAGAGUGGAGGUCUACCACAAUGGCACAUGGGGCACUGUGUGUGAUGAUGACUGGGACAUGGAUGAUACUAAAGUGGUGUGCAGACAGCUGGGUUGUGGAUGUGCGGUUUCUGCCCUUGGGGGAGCCCACUUUGGCAGUGGCACUGGGGUGAUCUGGAUGGAUGAUGUCCACUGCUCUGGUUCAGAACUAUUCCUUGUGGAGUGCUCCCAUAAUGGCUUUGGGACACAUAAUUGCAACCACGCAGAAGACGUUAGUGUGGUCUGUUCUGGACCAGAACAGCCUCCUAAAAUAUCUCUGACAAUGCCACACUCGGCUGUCUUGCCAGGGGACACCAUUGAGUUCGGCUGCGCCAAAUCAUCAGACAUUUGUCCCACAACUGUUUGCCACUUGUAUAAAGAUGGAAAUUCCAUUAUGACCAGGUCAACAGCCAGCAACCAGAAGCAUGUGACUUUCACAUUUCCCAAUGUGGACUUGUCCAACCAAGGCAAUUAUUCAUGCGCCUAUUCUCCUAGUUUCAGUAUGAGUGCCUCCAUUGACCUUACUGUUGUGGCACUGCCAAAACCAAAUCUUAAAAUUGGAAGAUCAGCAGCUUGGGGUCAGUCUGUCCAGAUGAGCUGCUCCAUCUCCACUCAGUACCUGGGUGGCACAUUCACCCUACAGCAGCUCUCUGGCUCAUACAGAGAGACAAAGGCAGCCUCAGGAUCCUCUGCUGAUUUCACCAUCCGUCAGGUGGACUUUGUCCAUGAAGGAUCCUACUACUGCCAGUAUCAGACACAAGUGUCCAAUCGAGACUUCACCUCAUCUCACAGUGAUUCUGUCAGCUUCUUGGUAGCAGUACCACUGGAGAAACCACUUCUCACACUUGAAUUGAGGAAUUCGCCAUCUUGGGGUCAGUCUCAGCUCUCUGGGUCAUUAACAAAAACAGAGAGAAGUACAGGAAACUCCUCCACCUUCAUUAUCCCCCAGGUGGACUUUGUCCAUGAAGGAUCCUACUACUGCCAGUACCAAACACAACUAUCUGGCCGUAACUUCACCUCAACUCACAGUGACUCUGGAUCCUACUACUGCCAGUACCAAACACAAGUUUCUGGACAGGACUUUACUUCCUCUCACAGUGACUCCAUAAGCUUCUAUGUUGUUGUUAUUUUGCCAAAACCACGCCUGUCUCUUCAAACUGGAAAGGAUCCUGCUUUUGGUGAACCUGUCCAGAUGAGCUGCUCCAUCUCCACUCAGUACCUGGGUGGCACAUUCACCCUACAGCAGCUCUCUGGCUCAUACAGAGAGACAAAGGCAGCCUCAGGAUCCUCUGCUGAUUUCACCAUCCGUCAGGUGGACUUUGUCCAUGAGGGAUCCUACUACUGCCAGUAUCAGACACGAGUGUCCAAUCGAGACUUCAGCUCCAACCAUAGUAACUUUGUCAGCUUUACUAUUACGGUGUCCCUGCCACAGCCUGUCAUCUCUGCCAGUGGCCCAGAUGGAGAGCUGUCAUGGGGGACACAUGGCCCAGAGGUCCCCCGGGGUCAAAGCUUCUCCAUCGUCUGCUCCAUCCAGUCACAGUACCCAGGAGGCUCCUUCCACCUCGUCUCUGAUGGCUCAGAUGAAAUCUGGACUGAGCUGGCUGUCAAUAACUCGGCCUCUUUCUACUUUACUGAGGCUGACCUCACCCAUGGGGGCAACUAUAGCUGCUUCUAUGAGGUUACUUUGUCCAGUCGUCUAUUCAAAUCAACAAAGACAGAUGAGCUCCAUUUGACCAUAAGAGAACUGACUUGGAAGGAGGCUUCACAGCGGAUAAUAAGUGCUCAUCCCUUGGCAUUUUAUGGAACAAUUCUUGCACUGCUACUACUCUUCCUGGUCUUGUUCUCUGUGUUUCUGCUGUGGAAAUACAAGACACACCAUGGAUAUGUUGUACGCCAAGAAUACUGGCCUAUGACGACAUACGAGUGCCCAGACUCCACAGAAAACCUCUGA